CAGGCGGGCGAGCGUGACGUCACGGAGAUAACGGCGUGCGAGGCACGAGAGCGGUCGUCGACCACGGUCGGCGGGACAAGUGAAAGGCGCGGGAGGUGCUAUAUGAGCGCCGCGCCGUGCGUCGUUCGCCACACUCUCCCCGCAGGAGCAGUCGAGGCCGGGCGCACCGCACACCUCAUCCGGAACAACAUGAGGACAGUCGUGCUGGCAUGCCUCGUGGCGGUGACGGCUGCCUGGAGCACGCAGUCUGACGGCCAGCAAGGCGGCGGCGGCGGUGGUGGCGGAGGCUACGGCGGCGGCGGCGGAGGAGGCUACGGUAGCGGUGCCGGAGGCUACGGCGGCGGUGGCGGAGGAGGCUACGGUAGCGGUGCCGGAAGCUACGGCGGCGGCGGCGGAGGAGGCUACGGCGGCGGCGGCGGCGACCUGCAGCAGCAGCACCAGGAGCAAGAGGGGGAGCAGUACCUGGGCCACCAGGAGCCCCAGGUGAAGGUGAUCCAAGUGCCGUACCCGCAGCCCUACGCCGUGGAGGUGCCCCAGCCCGUGCUGGUCGCCGUGCCCAAGCCCUACCCGGUGCAGGUGAAGGUGGCGGAGCGCAUCGAGGUGCCCGUCGUGCAGACGGUCGAGGUGCCCGUCGAGAAGCACGUGCCCUACCACGUGGAGAAGCACGUGCCGUACCCGGUGAUCAAGCACGUGCCCGUGUACGUGACCAAGCACGUGCCGUACCACGUGGAGAAGCCGGUGCCCGUGAAGGUGCCGGUGGUGAAGUACAUCCACCACUACUCCAAGGGCUCGUCCAAGGGCCACGGCCACCACCACCGCCGCUGAAGGCGCGCCGCAGCCCCAGGGCUACUUCCAAGAACGUCAUUUAAAUGAAGACUGAUCCUCACAGCCGUUGCUGUUGUCUGUUGCUGGCUGUCUGGAACCACUCACCAAAUACUUUCUUCACAUUUGAUUGCACAUCAAUAUUAAGCAGUCUGUAUGUUUUGUGUCGUUAAUUUUUUUAAAAAUAAAUUUUUUAAUAACUAU